UCACAUCCUAUCACACCCACCACACCCAUAUAACAACAUUGAAAGAUUGUGAAGAGUGGUAUUUCACAUUUCGCAAUUCUUCACCAUGCCGCCAGUAGCUACAUCUACAAUUACAACGUCGACAUCCAAUGGAUCGGAAAGUCCACGAUUAAGGGUAAAUGGAGGAGGGGGAGGAGGAGGAAUUUCAGGAAAGAAUGAGGAGGGAUCUCCCCCACAGAUAGAUAUCGAUGUAAAGGAACACGAUUUCUUCUGGACAUAUACCGAGGAACCACAUCGAAGUAGACGUUUAGCAAUUAUUAAAGCUCAUCCAGACGUACGUGUCUAUCCAUCCAUCUUUAAUUCCCAUGCACAUCCCUCAAUCCACAACACACUAACCCCCUCCCCACCUCACAGGUUACCAAACUCUGCGGUCCCGAACCCCUCACAAAAUACGUCGUGCUCCUCGUCGUAUCAAUCCAAAUCCUCUGCGCCUAUCUCCUCCGCAACACGCCCUUCUUCUCUUGGAAAUUCUUCCUCACUGCCUACAUAAUCGGUGCCACCGCAAACCAAAACCUCUUCCUGGCCAUCCAUGAAAUUUCCCACAAUUUAGCUUUCAAAAAUGCGAAUUUAAAUCGGGCAUUGGCUAUCUUUGCCAAUUUGCCUAUUGGGAUUCCGUAUUCUGCUUCUUUCAGAGUAUGUUUAUAUAGCAUACCUAUUUACCAAAUCUUUUGGAUCGGAAAGCUAACUCAAGAUCCACAGCCAUACCACCUAACGCACCACAAAUCACUCGGCGUCGACGGAUUAGACACCGAUCUCCCCACCCGCUUCGAAGCCAUCUUCCUCGAUUCCCUUCUCGGAAAAGCCUUCUUCUGUACCUUCCAAAUACUCUUCUACGCCAUCCGACCCAUCUUCAUCUACGCCGUCCCCUUCACCUCCAUCCAUAUCGUCAACAUCCUCACCCAAGUCCUCUUCGACACCCUCCUCGUCAAAACCACAAACUCCUACAACUCCCUUUACUAUCUAAUCCUCUCGGCCUUCCUCGCAGGAUCCCUCCACCCAUGCGCUGGCCACUUCAUAGCCGAACACUACGUCUUCGAGCGACAACCCUUGCAAGCACGAGAUCCCAAAACGGGCGUCGAAAUCCCAGAGACAUUUUCCUACUACGGACCUCUAAAUUUCUUUACCUAUAAUGUGGGAUUACAUAAUGAACAUCAUGAUUUCCCCGCGGUGCCUUGGACGCGUUUACCCGCGCUCCAUGAGAUGGCGAAGGAAUUCUAUGCCGAGUUGCCGAGACAUGAUAGUUGGAUCUAUGUGAUUUGGCAGUUUGUGUGGGAUAAGGAGGUGGGUAUGACGUGUAGGGUGAAGAGGAAGGAGGGGGGACGAAAAGUAGGAGGGUGGACGCAGCAGGAGGUGCAGGCUUAGUUGGAGUUUGUAGCUUCUAGAUGCUUUUAGAUUUAUGGUUUUGAGAGUUGUUGUUUUUAUGUUUGGGAAGGGGGAUAUAAUGAAGAUAGACUUUUAUAUAUGAGUAUGGAUAUGGAUAUGAAUGAGAUGAGAUAAAAAGAAGUAAAAUGAGAUGGGUUAGAAUGUUAGAAUGCAUAUAUUAGGUACUCUGCGUUCACAUAUAUCACGUAUUACACAUCCACACAC